CCGGCCUGACCAGUGGACGUCGCGGAUACGACUCUUGGUCUCCUCCCCUUCCUCUGCGAGGAGCUUUUCAAAAUCCGCUACCAGCACAAGAGGAUGCUUCAUGCUUCCGCGGACACAAGGCAGUAGUGGCGAAACAACAUCGCUAGUGUCCCGGAAAAAAAGAGUCGUGUGAGACACGCCGCCGCCGCCUCCCCUUCCCUAAAACCAGGUUUAAUCCGCACUGAAGAGGAUUUAAGGACCAACAACUUCCUUCAUGGUGAAAUGUUGUAAAAAGUUUGAUUUUUUCACUUAUCCACGCAUCUCCCAAUCUCGGUCCAGGCGCAGUCUGGAGCUCAGCCUAUUUGGGCGCUGGGAUGGACUCGGAGCCGGACCAGUACGAGGAGCAGCUGAAGGAGGUGUUCGAAGGCUUCGACGCCAGCGGCGCCGGCGCCCUGAGCCCAGACGAGCUGGCGGCCCUCUGCUAUUCGCUGCAGCUCGGUGAGGCCACGCCCACCCUGCUCGGCACGCUCCUGCAGGACCAGGACCAGGACGGGAGCGGACCCUCCAUACGGGUCGACUUCCACCAGUUCAAGAACGCCCUGAUCCAGGUCCUCUCCUCCACCAUGGCUAGCUCACCCACCCAGUGCCCCAGCACAGCACCUGUACCCCCUCCCCCAGCAGACUCUCCGGAGAUCCAGCCCAAGUUCAUGAAGGGCAGCAAGCGGUACGGCCGUCGCUCCACCCCCGAGUUCUCGGAGCCUCUUCUGGAUUACUCCCAGGCCUCUUCGAGUCGGAAUGCUGUGGAGGAGAACGCCGGGGACGACGACGAAGACGAGGAGUCCGCCGUUCCGAGGAAGCGGGAGCGCUGUGACCCAGUGCAUGAAACCAGCAUGGAGGAGUACGAGGCUGAAGGCACGAUGACCCUGUGGAACCCCGACGAGCCCACGACCCCGAGGGGGUCCGUGACCGGGGGGCCCCUGUCCCUGCACCUGGAGCUCCGGCUCCAGGAGGCCUGCGACGACCUGGGCCUGCCCGCCGACGGCCCCGCCGGCCUGGCUGACCUGCUGGGCCUCGCUGACCGCCUGGGACUGGAGGUAACGGGGGACGUGAUCCAGAGUGUGCGGGAGGCGGGGGGGGAGGUGAACGUGAGGGAGUUUGUGGGCAGGGUGGGGGCACACGGCCAGCCGCCCACCCCCUCCUCCUCCACCCCCUACCGACUGCUGAAGAGACUCCACUCCACCCAGCCCUUUGACGAGGCGGGCCGGCGUAUGACCAUGCCCUCGUUGAUGACCAGCUCCAUCGGCCUGCGUCUCUUCUCCGCGCUGGACGACGGGACAGGCCACGCCCCCGUGGAGAACCUGCUGGACGCCUGGUUGGGCGAGGGCAUCGAGAACACGCCCGAUAUCCUCAAGGCUCUGGACUUCAGCCUGGAGGGCCGGGUGAACCUGGGCCAGCUGACCUCUGCCCUGGAGAAGGAGCUGCUGGUCACCAGGAACGGCCUCCACCAGGCCGCCCUGGCCAGCUUCAAGGCCGAGAUCAGACACCUGCUGGAGCGCCUGGACCUGGAGCUCCAAGAGAAGGAGAGGCUCCUGCUGGACCUGGAGACGGCCGAGAGGCUGAAGAGCCAGCUGGCUGCUGAGGUGGACGAGAACCACGCCAGCAUCGAGCACUCGCACCACCUCAACCUCAGGAAGCUGGAGCAGGAGCACAAGGAGAAGCUGGGGGCGGUGCGGUCCGUCCUGCUGACGGAGUUGGACCAGAUCCAGCAGCAGGCCAGCCUGCAGAGGGAGGAGCUGGAGGCGGAGCUGGAGAAGACCAGGGCGGACGAGUCCUUCAUGAGGGACCACCUCUCCGUCUCCAUCAAGGAGAACCGGCGUCUCGAGUCGGAGGUUCUGGAGGGGAGCGAGCAGCUAGCGACGGCCCAGGUCCAGAUCUCCAAGCUCCAGGCCAGCUUGGAGAACGUCCUCCGAGAGAAGAUGGGCGACCUGGACCCUGGUGGUGCUGAUCUGUUGCAGCAGGAGGAGCGAUUCAGACAGCUGUGUAGCGGCUAUGAGGCUCAGUGCAGAGAGCUGCAGGACCGCAUCGAUGAGCUGCAGGCGGAGCAGGCCCUGCAGCGCCUGGGCAGGCGGUCCCAGGCCUGCAGCCAGCCGCUGGCCGACCACAUGGAGUCGGAGAUGGAGUCCCAGAGCCCGGGCAUGGAGUCGGACCCAGGGCUGGGCACGGAGGAGGGCCAGCCCUUCAACAUGAGCCUGGAGGCGGAGUUGAUGCUGGAGCAGCUGAAGGAGCAGCACAGUCGGCGGGUGGAGGACCUGCAGGCCCAGCUGGAGAGCAAGAUCCAGGAGCUGGACCGGAGGGUGGAGGAGGAGCGGACGGCCCACCAGGGCCAGCAGGCCUCCACCACCUCCCAGCACCAGGAGGAGGUGGAGGCCCUCAGGGAGCAGAUGGCCCGCCUCCAGGCCCAGGCCGGGGUCUUCCAGGGCCAGCUGGAGCAGGCCGGGCUGGAGCGGGACGGCCUGGAGAGGAGGCAGGCGGAGGAGAAGGAGAGGCUGGAGCUGCGGCAGGAGGAGGAGGUGGCCGCCCUUCGGCAGCGCCUCCUGGAGGCCCACACCCAGGCCUCGGACCUGGAGGAGCAGCUGGCGGCGGCGCUCGAGGAGGCGCGGCGGGCGGAGGAGGAGGAGGUGGAGGAGCUGAGGAGACGCCACGCCCAGGAGCUGGGGCUCCUCCAGGAGACGCAGGAGGCGCGGCUGGAGGAGGAGAGGAGGCGAGCGCGGGAGGAGGUGCGGCUGCUGGAGGCGACGGCGCGGGAGGAGGAGGAGCGCCAGCGCCGGGACCACGAGGUGGAGCUGGGCGCCCGGCUGGAGGAGGCGCGGCUGAGGUCCGAGGAGGAGAAGGAGGCGCUGGGGGAGAGGCUCGCCGAGGAGUGGCGCGGCGAGCGGGCCGCUCUGGAGGAGCAGAGCGACCGGACCCUGCAGGAGGUGCUGGAGGCGGGCAUGCUGCGGCUGGUCAAGGAGCAGGAGGAGAAGGAGAGCCGGCAGAGGGCGGGCUGGGAGGAGGAGCGCGGCCGGCUCCAGAGGUCCCAGGAGGAGGCGCUCCUCGCCGUGUUGGCCAAGGAGCGCCUGAAGCUCCAGGAGCAGCAGGAGCAGAGGGAGAGGAGGAUGAGGGAGGCGUGGGGGGAGGAGAAGCUGCAGCUGGAGGAGGACUACGAGGGGAUGCUGCAGGAGAGGCUGAAGGAGGAGAGGGAGAAGGCGGAGGAGGGGAAGGAGGAGGAGGAGAGGCGCUUCGAGAGGAUGCUGACGGAGGAGACCUCUCGGCUGGAGGAGCGGCACAGGGAGGCGCUGAAGGAGCUGAGCGCUCGCCACGGGGAGGAGCGCGAGGAGCUGGGCAGCGCUUUGGACCGGCUGCGGGAGGAGGUCGUCCAGGAGAGAUCUGAAGUCGGUCGACUCGAGGAAGAAAACGUAAACCUCAGUCAGAAGAUCACAGUGCUGAAGGACGAGGACCUGAAAGGGGCCAACGUAGACCUUCGGCAACAGCUGGAAGACUUCCAGAAAGAGAAGACUGAAGCUGAGAAUAUGGCGGAGGAAUUUCAGAAACAGAUCUCAGACCUGCGUUCCCGCGGCGACCAUCUGCAGGAGGACAACGUCCUGCUGUCCCAGGAGAACGUCCUGCUGUCCCAGGAGAACGUCCAGAACUCUGCGGACGUGGAGGAGAUCAGCCAGCAGCUCGCUGAGCUCAUCCAGGAGAACGAGAGGAGAGAGGCCGCGCCCGCCAAGGAGAUGGCAGCUUGUGUGGCUGCCUUGGAGGCAGAGUUGACCAAGUCUCUGGAGGAAGCCGGCCGGCUUGAGGAGAGGAACGGAGAGCUGGAGGAGCAGCUCUCUGCCCUCGGAGAGAAGGGGACCAGGGCGGAUGUGAUGGAGGAGCAGCUCAGCCAGUUGCUGAAGGAGCGCAGGUCUCUGGACAAAGAGACCCAGGCGCUGCGUAGCCAGCUGGCCAGAGCUCAGGAGAAGGUGGAGACGCUGGACGGAGCGGUCCAGACCUCCACCCUCCAGGCCUCCCGUCUGAAGGCCGACCUGCGCUUCACCCAGCAGGAGGAGGACGCCCUCCGGCAGGAGGUGGUCUCCCUGCACAAGCAGCUGCAGAACGCCCACAACAAGGUCCAGAUCCUGGAGCUGGCCUACACUGGAGGGUUCCAGGAGCACCAGAAGCUGCACCGCGAGGAGCUGAGCCGGCUCCAGGAGCAGGAGGAGCAGCUGUUGAGGCAGGAGAACCAGAGGCUGCAGGUGGAGCUGCUCCACUGCAGGGGCGACCUGGGGCACCUCAGAGACAAGGUACGCCAGCUGGAGAGCUCCAUGGUGUCCCUGAAGCAGAAGAACCAAGGGGGUCUGGUCACGGUCCUGGAGCAGGAUAACUCCUCCCUGAAGAGGCAGCUGGAGGGGAAGAAGAACCUGAGCGAGAGCUGUGGAGGAGAAGGAGAGUCUUACGGAGAGCUGGAGAGUCUCCGCCAAGAGAACGAGGUUCUGAAGGCCCAGACGGCCCGUCUGUCCACCCAGCUGAUAGAGGCCUUCCAGGCCCAGCUGGUGGGUCUGCUGCCCGGGUCUCCUCACCGGGCUCAGAGAGGACCCCCCCGGGGGGAGGACCCCGACCACAUGCAGGAAGAGAGGGAGAGGAAGAUGAGGAAAAUGGAGGAGCGAAUGAGGGAGAUUGAGCUGACUCUGCACAACGUGAAGCUCCUCCUCAGAGAAAAGGUGGCUCAACUAAAGGAUCAGCUCCGUAAGAACGGCCGGGCAGACGUGCUGAUCCAGGACCUGUACGUGGAGAACGGCCACCUGCUGAAGGCCCUGAAGCACACAGAGCAGCAGCAGCACAUGGUGGAGAAGAAGAACUACCUGCUGGAGCAGAAGAUCUCCAGCCUGGGCAAGAUCAUGCGGGACCUAGGCCCCGCCCAGCCGUCCCCGGCCAGCUACCACUCCAAGUGCUCCUGAACCCGACCGCUCUCCUUCCGGUCAGGAAGGGGUGCUGAGGCGGCCAUUUUGAGUGUCUUGUGCGUUGUCUGACACGUUUGGGGUCCUGACCCCUGGGUUAAGCACUUUAACUGAAGCUAUCAUGUAAUAUGUGGAAGUGUGUGCAGCCGUUGGACCACUAAUAGAGAAUGCCAAUGAAGUGCUAUACCUUUUUUUUUAUAUCCAGUAUUAUUGUUUUUUUUUUACAUUUUUUUAUUAACUUUUAAGAACAUUGUUUGACUUUGCUUGAACUGCCAAAGCCAUGAGCACAUUAUCGAUGACAAACUGCCUCACAUUAAUCAUCAUCUUAAUGUCUACUUUUCUUCUUCUUUUUCGUGUCAUUUUUCGCGGUUUUGUGCCCGCCUGCCAACGUCAUCCCAAAGCAGGGACCACCAGAAUGUCAUGCGGGAGCCCACCGGUUGGGGUCACUGUUUACCCAGAAGCCAUCACGUUUGGCGCGGUAUAAAUAAUGAGCAAAAGAUUCUCUAAAAGGCGAAAUAACUAGCAUUUCUCAUAUGCAGUCUAGCGUUUUUCAAAGGAAUGCAGUCUCUACAGGAAGGGCCCUAUGGGUCAAGGGUCACGACCCCACCGUUUGAAAACCACGGUCUUAAAUCUUGGUAGCAUUUCCCUUUUCUUUACAAAUUGUUUUCUCAUGUGGUCACGCCUUGCAUUUCUUCACCAUUCAGGGCCAAAUAGCUUCAAGCUGGUUGCCAACAAGAGAUAUGGCUUGGUUGGACCAAAUCCAGCAUAUGUUUUUAAUGUUUAAAAACGUGAACUCUUCUGAAUGUGUAAACACUAUUUAUUUUCACUGAGAAUAGGCUUCCUAUUUGACCAAAGUGCACUUUCUAAGCUGUACAGUGUUAUUUGUGCUACAGCAUGUGUCCUAUACUUUUAAGUAUUUUUGUUCUUUCCGCCUGAUAGAUGAGACAUUUGAAAUAUGUCAGCCUGUCUUCCCUGAGAUAAUAUUGACACUAAUAUGAGAACAGACAAGAAAACCAGUUUGACAUGUAAAAUAUGAUGGAAGCCAAAUAUUCCUGUCAUCUUUUGACUGUAUGGAAUAACUUAAUGUUAUGUGACAUUUACUUUCAAUGUUUGUCAGGGCGUAAUUAUGCCUAUACAAACCGCAUUGAAGGCCUGUUAUUUUUCACGAAUAUAUGGCCUUUGCCUGUAUACAUAGGACUAUAAUGGACUGAGUGUCUAUAUUUAUGAAGAAUGCACUAAAGGUAAAUACAGGGGAGAAAAUGUAUUUCUGCAAUAAAUAAUUUUGUCAAACAAAUUGAUUUGGCAGUCCUGUUUAAUACAUUGCAUUCAUGGUUUUGGAUAUUUCUUCAGCGGA